AUGCCUGUCCAUCGACCGCGGCAGGCCCAGCGCAUCAACCAGCUGUUCAUCCUCGUGUCCAUCACCACCGUCUUCACCCUCUACUUCCUCUUCUUCAGAGAGCCACCGAGCAGAACCCAUGGCCUCUCGAGCUCGCAACAGCAGCAGCCGCAGAAACCGGGCUCCAGCAAGCUAGCCACAGCGUCGAGGGAGCUGGUCGUCGCCAGCGUCAAGGCCGACGACACUGCGUGGAUACGGGAGCAACUGGCGGGCUGGAAGGCGAAUAUCUACGUCGCCGACGGUGAUGCUGCGAGCAAUUCUGGCCUCUCUGUGCCUGUGAACAAGGGGAGGGAGGCCAUGGUGUAUUUGACAUCGAUACGACUCGCUGCCAGACUUUAUGAUAUUCAUGCAUGGACGGCGGUACCAAUGGCACAACGACGACCCAAUGUACGCAAGCUACAGCUUCAGGCAGUGGUCAAGACGGGAUAUGCGCCACUGAGAUGUACCUGGGUACCAGGCUGUCCCGUGGAACUGCAUCCGCUAAAGCCCGUUGACGAAGGGCCCAUAGUUCGCCAGCAGACCGAGCUCGCCUUUGCAGCCGCCUUCAAGACGUUAUUCCCCGGUACCGAAGUGCCUGCAGAGGUGGGUGCGACAUGCUCGUCCCAGUUUGCUGCUACACGGGAACAGGUCAUGCUGCGGCCCAAGGCGGACUAUGAGCGCAUUCGGAAAUGGCUUGUCGAGACCAACCUGCCUGACGAUAUCAGCGGGAGAAUCAUGGAGUACAUGUGGCACAAGUGCACGGCGGCCAGGUGUGAGAAGCAGUAUGUCCUGCCUACUUAUGCAGCUGUCCCGGAUGGCUGGCCGGAGAAGGGCGGAGGCGAGAACGGAUGGCCCAAGCCAGGCUGGAAUCAAUGA